GACCCGCCCCCCUGAGCCGCGGGGGCCUCUGGGAAGUGUUGCCGGCGUCUAACGGACCGAGGCUCGUGCUGCCCUCAGCCACAGUCGGCGCUGACCUUAGAGGCGCAUCUGACUCGGUCGGCACCGGCGGGGCCGCUUGGGCGGCGUUGAGGUGUGGAAUUGGGCCUGUGUCCGGGGGCUUGGUGGUGAGUCUUCGGGAGGCCGCGAGCUCUGAGUCUGCGACCCUUUGUGCUGACUGGGAGUAGGGGCCUGCGGACCCCGUGCUUGUGUUGUUGGAGGAGGAUGCCGGCAGGGCUGUUGCGGAUUCUUAAAGUGUUCAUUUAUUCAUCAGCACACCAUUUAUUGAAUGCUGUCUGUGUGACAGGAAAAAUUCUAGAUGCUUCAGAUACAGCAUUGAACAAGAGAGAAACUCUUCUGUCAUGGUACUUACAUUGUCGUGGGCCAGAUAAUAAAUGAGCUCUGCCUUUUCAAGCCCUGUCUGUUACCAGAAAGAAGAGGAAAUGACUGAAUCCCAGGGAACAGUGACAUUCAAAGAUGUGGCUAUUGACUUCACCCAGGAAGAGUGGCAGCAGUUGGAUCCUGCUCAAAGGAACCUGUACCGGAAUGUGAUGCUAGAAAACUAUAACAACUUAAUCACAGUGGGCUGUCCAUUCACCAAACCUGAUGUGAUUUUCAAGCUGGAGCAAGAAGAAGAACCUUGGGUGGUGGAGGAAGAAGUGUUAAGGAGACACUGUCCAGGAGAAAUGUGGGGAACUGAUGAGCAUCAGAAAAUCCAGGACAGACUUUUGACACAAUUUGAAGAUAAAUUCACAAAAACACUGACUGAAGAAAAAGUCAAUGAAUGUCAUAAGAAAUUUGCAAAUGCAUUUCCUCUUAACUUGGACUUUUUUCCUUCCGGUCACAAUCUCUAUGAAUAUGACUUGUUUGAAAAGUGUUUAGAACAUAAUAAUUUUGACUGUCAUAAUAAUAAUAGAAUCCUUAUAAGAAAGGCACAUUCUGAUUAUAAUGAACCUAUGAAAUCAUUUUGCAUUAAUCCGUCGUACCUUGUGGUAACCCCCUUUAAGUGUAAUCAUUGUGGGAAAGGAUUUAGUCAAACCUUGGACCUCAUCAGACACCUGAGAAUUCAUACUGGAGAGAAACCUUAUGAAUGUAAAAAAUGUAGGAAAGCUUUCAGCCACAAGGAAAAACUCAUUAAACAUCAUAAAAUCCAUAGUAGGGAACAGUCUUAUGAAUGUAAUGAAUGUGGGAAAGCUUUCAUUAAAAUGUCAAAUCUCAUUAGACAUCAAAGAAUUCAUACUGGGGAGAAACCCUAUGCAUGUAAGGAAUGUGGGAAAUCCUUCAGCCAGAAAUCAAAUCUCAUUGAUCAUGAAAAAAUUCAUACUGGAGAGAAACCGUUUGAAUGUAAUGAGUGUGGGAAAGCAUUCAGCCAGAAGCAAAGCCUCACUGCACAUCAGAAAGUUCAUACUGGGGAGAAACCUUAUGCAUGUAAUGAAUGUGGUAAAGCCUUCCCUCGAAUUGCAUCCCUUGCUCUUCAUAUGAGAAGUCAUACAGGAGAAAAACCUUAUAAAUGUGAUAAAUGUGGAAAAGCGUUCUCUCAGUUUUCCAUGCUUAUUAUACAUGUAAGAAUUCAUACAGGCGAGAAACCCUAUGAAUGUAAUGAAUGUGGAAAAUCCUUCUCUCAAAGUUCAGCCCUUACUGUACAUAUGAGAAGUCAUACUGGUGAAAAACCUUAUGAAUGUAAGGAAUGUAGAAAAGCCUUCAGCCACAAGAAAAACUUCAUCACACACCAGAAGAUUCAUACUAGAGAGAAACCUUAUGAAUGUAAUGAAUGUGGGAAAGCUUUCAUUCAGAUGUCAAAUCUUGUUAGACACCAGAGAAUUCACACUGGAGAAAAACCCUACAUAUGUAAGGAAUGUGGCAAAGCCUUUAGCCAGAAAUCAAAUCUCAUUGCCCAUGAAAAAAUUCAUUCUGGAGAGAAGCCCUAUGAAUGUAAUGAAUGUGGUAAAGCCUUCAGCCAGAAGCAAAACUUUAUUACACAUCAGAAAGUUCACACUGGAGAGAAGCCUUAUGAUUGUAAUGAAUGUGGUAAAGCCUUUUCUCAGAUUGCAUCCCUUACUCUUCAUCUGAGAAGUCACACAGGAGAAAAGCCUUAUGAAUGUGAUAAAUGUGGGAAAGCCUUCUCUCAGUGCUCACUGCUCAAUUUACAUAUGAGAAGUCAUACUGGUGAGAAGCCCUACGUAUGUAAUGAAUGUGGAAAAGCUUUCUCUCAGAGAACUUCUCUUAUUGUGCAUAUGAGAGGUCAUACAGGUGAGAAACCCUAUGAAUGUAAUAAAUGUGGAAAAGCCUUCUCCCAGAGCUCAUCCCUUACUAUACAUAUACGAGGUCAUACAGGUGAGAAACCCUUUGACUGUAGUAAAUGUGGAAAAGCCUUCUCUCAAAUCUCAUCUCUUACACUUCAUAUGAGAAAACAUACAGGUGAGAAGCCUUAUCAUUGUAAUGAGUGUGGUAAGGCUUUUAGCCAAAAGUCACACCUUGUUAGACACCAGAGAAUUCAUACUCAGUAGAAAUAGAAACACUGAAUAUUGUAAAGAUGGAAAGGCCUUCAGAAUUAGCACCUCCUUUCAUAUUACAUAAUUGGUUCUAGAGCAGAAAACUAUGAAUGUGGAAAGCCUUUUGAAGAAGUCACAAAAUUGUGAAACAUGGGAAUUCUUACACAACAUGACAAGUUGUGUAACGAAUAAACUGAAUAUCAAAAACCUUCAUAGACCUCUACUGAUAUUUAUUCAGCAUCCUUAUUAAAAUAUGAAACAAGAUAUCUGCUACCAGCAUAUCAGCAUUAUAGCUGAGCUCCUAUGCUAGCCAAUGUAUUAAGCAAGAUGGGGGGGGGGAAGAAACCAUAAAAAGAUCGUCUUACACAAGAAAUAGUUCAUUUAAAAAUGUGUUGAUAUAAAAUGUCUAAGGAAAAACACAGCAGUAACUACAAGACACACACAUAUAUAAAUAAGUUACAAAUCAUUUUGAAGGGCACAAAAUAGGAACUGAAAUUUUGAGAAAAAUAACUGUCUGAAAACACAUUUUCAAAAAUAUAAAUUCAUAAAUCUCCAAGGUACUUCCAUUCAGAGUUUUCACUAAAUUUUAAGAAUUUCACAAACUGACUUAAUAUUAUAUAUGAGAAUAUAAAGGACCACAAAUAGCUGAAACAAGUGAAAAACAGAAGAAACAGUCUACUAGAUAGGACCACAUAUUUAAAACUGGUGUCUAAACAAUGUGUCCUUGAUAAGUAAAUAAAUCAGUGGAAACAAAACAAGGAUUGAAGAAAGGAGAUAUGGAAAUUUUGUGUAUGGUAUUGCUAUUGAAGUCAUUGGAGAAAGAAUGGCUGAUUCAAUAAAUGGAAGAGUCAUAUGAACAAAAAAAUGGUAUCUCUCUACUUUAUACCAUAUACAAAAAUAAAAUCCAGAUGGACUGAAGACCAGAAUAUAAAAAGCAAAAUUCUAAAACUAUGAUGAAAAUGAAAUAGAUUUAUUACUUUAGAAUAACUGGAUCACUCUAAGAACACAUAAAUAUGAAAUAGUUGUUUCUAUUUUGGUGUAUUGCCUUCAGAGGCACACAGAUACAGGCACGAAGAUACACAUCUCUGUGUUCGUGUUUUGUAUUACACUAAAUUGGACAUAACAAAUUCUCAUUAGUAGAAGGACAGAUUAAUACCAUGUAAUUAUUGCUAUGAUAGAAUAUGUAUUUAGAGAAAAGGUACAAAUUUGACAUAUAGUUACGUAGAUCACACACAAAUAUUGAGAGAGAAAAAUGUGCAAUGAAAAGAUGUAACAUUUGUAUAAGUUUAAUAAAAUAAUGCAAAAAACAGUACUGUGUAUUGGUCGUAGAUCCAUUUAUGACAUUGGUUGCCUUUCAGGAAGUGGGAGGCAUUUAAAUGGAAUUGUUAUAUUUAUCUGUAACAUUUCUUUAAUAAAAGAAUGAAAGCCAAUAUAAUGGUAACAAAUCUGGUUGUUAAGAUUAUGUUGCUAUCUUUUGUAUUCUUUCUUGCCUUUUUUUCCUGUUUCUCUAAAAUAAGAUUUAAAUGGGUGAAGGACAAGACCUACAGAAACAACUUAAAAAUGGAUUAUGAUCAAAUACUAACAUUUAUAGAAAAUUAUCUUUACUAACACACAAACCAAAUUAAGAUGAUACUUUGCUUACCCUCUUUUCACAAUGUUAAUUCAGAUAAUAAAAACCAGCAGUACAUACAUAGCAUUUACUUGAUGCAAAUUUAUAAUUUUUUAUUUUUAUUUCAAACACAAAUUCUCUAGUUGAAAGCAGUGAAGAAACAAAAGAAAUCGUCAUUUGUGGAGGUAAUUGGCUCUCCAUCUGGAAAAAAAAUCACCUACAUUUGGCUUGGUUUCAGAUUGAAGAGAGACCAUUCAUACAUACUAUAAAACAUGAUGUUCUGACAAUGUCAAGCCAAAAUAUGUGUGCAUCAGAGAAGGAACUUUAACAUAUCUCAACAAAGCUUUAUUUGGUUUCUGAAUUCUUAAAUGAGGGCGCAGAUGCUGGUGUUUUUAGAUGUGUGAGAUAUGUGCCCAGUGGCUAUGAAAGCUCACUUCCCUGUACCACACCUAAAACGUUUUGUAUUUAGACCUCCCAAAUAUUUAUGGAACUUGCAUUUCCUUUUCUGUGAAUACCUCUUUCAUAUAUUUUGUCUGUUUUCUACUGGGACUUUCAAAAGAUGUUUUUAUUGGGGCACCUGGGUGGUGCAGU